AUGGAUACUACGAAGGGGGAUCAUGCACACUUCGGUGAAGAGAAAAUGGAUCACGCCCACAAUCACGGCUUUGAGCCAACGACAGAGAUGCAUCCAAGAGAAAUGUAUGUGAGCGAUGAACACAAUACCCACAAAGAAGCCAACGCGUUCGUCAGUGAGCAGGUGGAGAUCAACAGCAAUGAGGCCGAUGAAGCCAUGAGGAAGAAGUUCUCUCGUGUAAAUGCGACCCUGACGAUGGUGGCCGGUUGGUCCUUUGGCGUGCUCACUCUAUUGUUCCUGGCAUUUAUCGUGUUCGGCAUUUUGUAUUCUGGGGUCCACUACCACGGUGAAAGCUGGCAUAAUGUCAAUUCCAACACACCUGAGUGCGUUACGCCGUUUGGCAGCAUAAUUGGUGUAACAAACGGUGUGUUUGCGUACAGCAACUGCAACGAAGACUAUUCCAGCAAGGAAAACAGCACUCUCCUUGGCAAGGACAAGCUUUUCACAGGGUUGGGGUGGCAAUGUGUGGAGUUUGCAAGGCGCUAUUGGAUGCUUCGUGGGACGCCUGUGCCGGCGUCCUUUGAAAAGGUGGCGGGGGCCGCCGACAUUUGGUCACUGACCUCUGUGCAGCUUCUCGACGGCUCGACCAAACCGCUGCUCAAGUAUGCCAACAACGUCUCAGCCCGUGAUGGCGGCUCCGCCCCACGCGUUGGCGACCUCCUCAUCUACCCGCGGCAGGAGGGUGGCUUUCCGUUUGGCCACGUUGCCGUGGUUGUGGCUGUGAAGAGCGAGUCUCUCCUUGUAGCGGAGCAGAACUGGGACAACAAGGUGUGGCCCGCGCCGCACCACAACUACUCUCGUGAAAUUCCCAUGCAUCACAACACCAAGGAGGAUAUCUACGAGGUCGCCGAGGCGGACAAGAGAACCAUUACUGGAUGGGUGAGGUACGCCGAGUAG